AUCCUUUGGGAGGAACUUGCGACGGGAGCCACCGGAAGGAGCGGCGUGAGACCCUCAGAAGUCCCAAUGGCGCAGUGGGAGAUGCUGCAGAACCUCGACGGCGCAUUUCUGGACCAGCUGCACCAGCUGUACUCACAAAGCAUCCUGCCAAUGGACGUCCGGCAGCACUUGGCUGCCUGGAUCGAAGACCAGAACUGGAGUGAAGCUGUACUACGCAACGAUCACGCCAAGGCCAACAUGCUGUACUUCAACAUUGUGGACCAGUUGAACCAGUGGGACCACUACAGCUCAGACCCCGAUUGCUUUCUGCUGCAGCACAACUUGCGAAAGUUCAGCCGGGACAUUCAGACCUUUUCCAACGGCCCUACCCAGUUGGCUGAGAUGAUCUUUAAUCUUCUUCUGGAGGAGAAAAGAAUUCUGAAUCAGGCUCAAAGGGCUCAAGAGGUUCAAGCCAGGCCAGCCCCUGAAGCAGCUGUGGAGCGGCAGCAGCCUGAGAUCGAAUCCCGAAUCCUGGAUUUACAGGCUGCGGUUGAGGUGCUGGUGAGAUCCAUCAGGCAACUGAAAGACCUGCACGACGUCUUCAGCUUCAGAUACACAAUUUUCAGUCAAAAGAAGACAGCAUCUUCGGACCCCUAUCAGAGCCAACAGGCACAGCUCGUCCAGGCAACUGCCAAUGAAGUGGACAGAAUGAGAAAGGAGGUGCUGGACACCUCCAAAGCACUAGUAGGCCGAUUAACCACCCUGGUGGACCUGCUGCUGCCAAAACUGGACGAGUGGAAGGUUCAGCAGCAGAGAUCCUGCAUUGGCGCUCCAGCACCAGAGCUGCAUCUGGAACAGCUGGAACAGUGGUUGACGGCAGGAGCAAAACUCUUGUUCCACCUUCGGCAGCUGCUGAAACAGCUAAAGGAAAUGAGUAACAUGCUGAAGUACCGUGGUGACAUGUUUAGCAAAGGGGUGGACCUGCAGAAUGCCCAAGUCACAGAGUUACUGCAGCGCCUGCUCCAAAGGUCCUUUGUGGUGGAAACUCAGCCCUGCAUGCCCCAAACUCUCCACCGACCCCUCAUCCUGAAGACUGGGAGCAAGUUCACUGUCCGAACAAGACUGCUGGUGAGACUCCAGGAGGGCAACGAGUCGCUCAGAGCCGAGGUCUUCAUUGACAGGAAUUCAGAGUUACCAGGCUUCCGGAAGUUCAACAUUCUGACCUCAAACCAAAAAACCUUGACCCCUGACGAGGGCCAGCGACAAGGCUUAGUUUGGGACUUUGGCUUCUUGACGCUGGUGGAGCAACGUUCCGCGGGGUCAGGGAAGGGCAACAGUAAGGGGCCACUGGCUGUGACUGAGGAGCUGCACAUCAUCAGCUUCGUGGUGAACUACGUGUACCAGGGGCUGAAGAUGGAGCUGACGACGGAGACCCUGCCCGUGGUGAUUAUUUCUAACAUGAACCAGCUCUCCAUCGCCUGGGCCUCCGUCCUCUGGUUCAACAUGCUCAGCUCAACUCCCCAGAACCAGCAGUUCUUCUGCCAACCCCCGAAAGCCCCCUGGAGCCUGCUGGGGCCUGUGCUCAGUUGGCAGUUCUCAUCCUAUGUUGGCCGAGGCCUCAAUUCCGAGCAGCUGGCCAUGCUAAGGAACAAGCUAUUUGGAAAGAACUGCAAGACUGAGGAUGCGUUGUCCUGGGUAGACUUUAGUAAGCGAGAGAGCCCACCUGGCAAGAUCCCUUUCUGGACGUGGCUAGACAAAAUUCUGGAGUUGGUGCAUGACCACCUGAAGGAUCUAUGGAUUGCUGGGCAUAUCAUGGGUUUCGUGAGCCGCAACCAGGAGCGCCGACUACUGAAGAAGACAGUGUCUGGAACCUUUCUGCUGCGCUUCAGUGAAACCUGUGAAGGGGGCAUCACUUGCUCUUGGGUAGAGCACCAGGAUGAUGAUAAAGUGUUCAUCUACUCCGUGCAGCCCUAUACCAAGGAAGUGCUGCAGUCACUGCCACUGACAGAAAUCAUCCGGCACUACCAGGUCCUCGCAGAGGAAAACGUCCCCGAGAACCCGCUGCGCUUCCUCUAUCCCAGAAUCCCUCGAGAUGAAGCUUUUGGGAGCUACUACCAGGAAAAAGUGAACUUUGAAGAACGGAGGAAAUACCUGAAGCACAGGCUCAUUGUGAUCUCUAACAGGCAGGGGGAUGAGCUGCAGCAGCCCCUGGAGCUGAAACAGGACCCAGAUCUGGAGUCACUAGAGCUGGACACAGGGCUCAUGUCAGCGAUGGGAUUAGAACAAGACUUGGAGCUGCAGACACUGAUGACGGCCACGCUGGAUCUGGGCACAGAGCUGUGCUCGGCCCCGCACACAGACCUGGAGCUGCAGACACUGAGGACAGCCAUGCUGGAUCUGGGCACAGAGCUGUGCUCGGCCCCACACACAGACCUGGAGCUGGACCCAAGGCCUGCAGUGCAGCUGUUGCCAAGGCCAGAGCCAGAUUUGCCGCUUGAUCUGCAGCAGGUUAACACCAUGGAUAUGGAAAUCUUCAGAAACAACAACAUAAGCAUUGAUGACAUCAUGCCCAAUGGUGACCCAUUGUUGGCUGACCAGAACAUCAUGGAUGACGCUUACAUGUCCUGUCGUAGCCAUUUUGAUGUGGAUGGACCCUUGAUUCCUUCUGAUGACUAGGAGCUACGUUCCCAUUUUUUUUUCCCUCCAACCCCGCAC